AUGAAUCUCAGGAUGAAUAAUCAGUGUGAAAAUAAUGAUACGGGAUCUUCAGUGGCCGAGGGUGCCACCACAUUGUCGAAUGGCUUAUCUGCUACAGCUCCUUCUGGUGACCAGACGGUAGGAAGUUCUUCUUCUACAGUAGUUUUGCUCAACGAUGAUGAAUCUAAAGAUGUUGUACCGAAGGGUAAAGCUUUUAACGGCGGUGGGUCAACAAAUGAGGUGCCUAAAGAUGAUUCUAACGGUGAUGAUUUCAAAGAUGUUCUACCAAAGAGUGACGCUUCUAAUGGGCCUACAGUGGCGGUGCCCAUCGACAAUGAUUCUAACGUUGGUGGUUCCAAAGACAUUUCUCCUAAGGGUAAUGCUUCUGACGGCGAUGUACUGAGGACUGAUGGUUCUAAGACUAGUGGAUCUGAAAGUGGCGACGACGAAGCAGGGAAAACUACAGCCAAGCCAAGCAGCGGGGAAGGGGUUUCGCGCAGUACCCAAAACCAAACUGGAAAUUACAAUCCGGACUCGGAACCUUCACCAGCGAAAAAGACCCGUCAAGAUCUCCCACCUGGAGCUAUUGAACUGUUUAUAAAGAGCCUAGCAGAAGAAAUAAAACGCGGUGAUAAAGCUCAAGCUGACAAUGGGGAGGAUGUACCUCAGAUUGAAGUCGAUCAACGCGAGUAAGGAGAAUUCGUGUAAGAUCAGAAGGAGAGUGAUUAUCGCGAACCAUAAAAACCCGAUUAAGGGGCUCGAAAUCAACUAUGUAUGUCUCAGAAUAUUAAAUUAAAUGAAAUUGAAUAUAAUAUUGUUGGUUCCGAAUAAUUCAGAAAACAUACAAAGCAAACAUAAAAUAUACAUGUUCU